AUGCCGGCGAGACUCGGCACGUGGAGCCGUGCCUCCCUCUCUUCAGAAAGCACGCCCGAUGGCAUCACUCCAUCGCUGGCACAACGGCCGAUGGCAUCAGUGGUGUUUCCUGUGCCAACGCUUUUGUCGUCGCCAGCCGCAGCGCCUUCCGUCUGCUUGCCAUCGCCAAGACGAGCAAGAGCACGUAUAGCACGUACAGUGGAGGACUCUGACUCCUUCCAAGAGAGGGCCACGGCCCUCAAGGCCCGUCAGGUCCGCAGUCCCUCCUCGUAUGCGGCUCCUGAUGGCACAGCCAGGUCCAGGUGGAGCAUGACGUCACCAGCUCGUGUCGAGGCUGGCUCGCAGCAGGAAGUUCAGGAUUGGUGCGCACUGAAGCGGCGGCUCUUCCUGCUCAUCGCAGAGGUGGAGAGGCAGAUGGUGCAGCAGCAGGGUCCGAAGGGCUUCUCGCGUGGCUUGACACCGUCUUUGUCUCCUGGAGCACUGCGAUCUGCUAUGGAGGUGAGGGAGGAAGAUGUGGAAGGGCUUCUGGCCGAUGUCAGCUUCGCUCGGCCUGGGGCAUUGGCACUGCGGCCACAACGGGCAGCGAAUUCCCUGUGCUCUGACAGCUCUCGUUGCUCCUGCUCCGGCUCUCAGCCUCGUGUCCUUGUCCUGGGCUCCAGCUAUAUGGGCACUGAGGUUUUGCAAGAACUUUCCAAAGGCUGGGAGGUUCAGGCUCAGGGUUUGUGCAGCAGCCCACCGGUCGACGGGCCACUUUGGAGUCUUCUGAACAUGGAGCUCAGCAGCGGUGAGCUGCAGAGCCAUCUGCAAGGAUUCCAGCCACAUGCUCUCGUGAACUGUCACACUUCUGCGGCCUUGUUGGAGUUGGAGUCCGAGUCGGAGUCGUCUCCCGAGAAGGAGAAGGAUGCUCGGUCCCGCGAGGUCUUGGCCUUUCUGACUUCGCUGGCAACAGCUUGUGAGGCCUCUCAGAUCUUCCUCCUCCACGUGAGCUCCGAUGCCGUCUUUGGCACGCGCCAGCAAACACAGCAUUCGCAGCCUCAGAGCGUGGAUGCAGAGCCACAGCCCUGCACACCGCUGGGAUGGCGCACCUUGGCCGCGGAGCAGGAGGUGCUCAGCCGCCGCGCUUCCGCGGUGCUACGUCUGCCACUGCUUUGGGAUGGCCCUGCGGGUCCCGCACAGUCGCUGGAGGAAUCUGCCAGUCGCGUUCUAUCAGAGCUGAGACGCGGGGUUCGCGAGUUCGAAGAUAGGCAUUGCUGCUACCCCACACCGGCGGUGGAGGUGGCCUCUAUUGUCGCCAACCUUCUCCAGUUGACCUGGGGACCAAGGGAGCAGCGGCCACGUGGUAUCUACCACUGGCAAGGUGGUGACCAACUCACACAAUUUGAGAUGGCUCAACUUGUGGCCGAUGUUUCAGGCAUGAAAGUCUUCCUGCAGCCAGUGCGGCAUCCAAGCAAGCUGCGGAAGAGCUGCCUGGACUGUUCCCGGACUGUGCGCACCGUCCGUGUACCACGAAGAGUCGAAAUCAUCGGUAGCUUGCGCGCAUGCUUGCCAGCCGCGCCGGGAGGAACGCAGCAGGAGCAGCACGUUUAG